AACGCGUGGAAAUGAUUUGACUCUGUUGUGCUUCUUUGAGCUCUGUAUGUAAUACUUACGUCAGUAAAAUGUCUGCUUUCAAAAACAUAGUAUUUUAUAGUUCGAAAUUUGCAAAAUCUUGCCAAAGCAGGAAUUUUAGUGUGGGAAAAGCAGCUUUGGACGGUGUUAACCUGAAGGGCCGCAGCUUUCUAACACUGAAGGAUUUUAACGCGGAGGAAAUUAAACAUAUCCUGUGGGUUUCUGCUGACCUUAAACAUCGAAUAAAGCACAGGGGCGAGUAUGUUCCAUUACUUCAAGGCAAAUCUAUCGCUAUGAUAUUUGAGAAGAGGAGCACUAGGACCCGCAUGUCCACUGAAACAGGGUUUUCUCUUUUGGGAGGCCAUCCAUGUUUUCUCACACCCCAGGAUAUUCAUCUAGGAGUCAAUGAGAGCACCACAGACACGGCCAGGGUGCUCUCUGGUUUGGCAGACAUUGUGUUAGCUCGGGUGUAUAGUCACACAUCUCUGGAGCACCUGGAUAAAGACUCUUCUAUACCAAUCAUCAAUGGCCUCUCUGACCUCUACCAUCCUAUACAGAUUCUAGCUGACCUUCUGACACUACAGGAGCACUACGGCUCAUUAAAAGGCCUCACUUUGGCUUGGAUAGGUGAUGGAAACAACGUUCUUCACUCCUUCAUGAUGUCAUUGGCCAAACUAGGUGUCAAUCUUAAAGUGGCCACACCCAAGGGUUAUGAGCCAGAUGCUAAUGUCACUCAAGAGGCUCAGCUUCUGUCUAAGCAGUUUGGUACCAAGUUGCAAUUCCUGACGGAUCCAAUGGAGGCAGCACGGGACAGUAGCGUACUGGUUACUGACACUUGGGUGAGCAUGGGCCAAGAGGAGGAGAAGAAGAAGAGACUGAAAGAUUUCCAUGGAUACCAGAUCACCAUGCAGACAGGAAGUGUGGCUGCACCAGACUGGACAUUUCUGCACUGUCUCCCACGUAAAGCAGAGGAAGUGGAUGAUGAGGUUUUCUACUCAUCACGUUCCCUUGUGUUCUCUGAGGCUGAGAACCGCAAGUGGACCAUUAUGGGUUUGAUGGUGAGCAUCCUGACAGACUAUAAGCCACAAAUUCCCAAACUCAAAUUAUAAAAAAUAUGGGGAAAACACACCAACAACAGAAAACUGUCAUCUAUCUGCCUUUGUAGGAUAAAAUGGGGGUAAUCAAGAAAUAAGAACUACAGAAAUAAACAAAUUUUUAAAUUCAUAAAUACUUUGAUUUAUAUGUGAAAAGUGCUUUUUACAACAAAGUAAAAAGUUUUACAAUUAUUUAAAUAUUUCAGUGAUGCAAAUACCUUUAAGACCUAUAGAGGGUGCUGUGACAUUGUGAGAAAUAGUGUGUGUUAUAACGUUUGAUUUAUUCAGAUUCCUUUUAAUUACAAAGGGUUGGAUGGACACUGCAAUUGAGGGGUUUUUUUCAACAGAAAGUGGUUGCAAAUGCACUACAAUACAGUUCAUUUUCCAUAUCUAUUUAACUGUCUAUGUAAUUUAGGUUUCUAUGCAAUUAUGGGAUUGCCUUCUGUGUCAUCUCAAGUCGCUUAGAAACAUUUUACA